UUCUCGGAGACAGACGAACGGCUGGGAUGUUUUCAAAAGCGGAGAUGAACGUCACACAGCCGUAGGCUACGGUUAACGUACGAUAUUUAGAAAGUAACUGUCAAAAUAGCCCGAUAUUCACAUCUGACGCAACGCGAAUGAGUCGGUAGGAACGCGCGACCCGAUUUACAGGUGCAUGAUGAGCCGGCUGUGCAGUAGGCGUCUAAGCUAGUCAGGUGCCGCACCAUGGCCAAACCUGGGGGCGACCGAGAUGGAGCCAUGGUGGAUAAGCCGGUGGGGAAGAAGAGCAAAGACAAGCUGUCGCCUUUCACCAAAACUCCGAAGCUGGACCGGAGUGAGUCGCUGGGGAAGGAAGGGAAAGCCAAGUCUUCCAUGAAGCGCAAGCUUUCCUUCACUACAAGUCCGCCCCGGACAGAGGAGCGAGACUCGGACACUGAUGACUCAGACCCAGGCCAUUCGAGUGAGACCUGGGGAGAGAGAUUAGUGCCUCCCUGCAGGAUAUACGCAGAUAAAGAUGGACCAGAUAAAAAGAAGAUGAAGAAAGAGGCCGGGAGCAAAAAGUCGCAGUCAUCAAACCUUUUAUUUGGGUAUCCGCUGUCAGAGCGCAAACAGAUGGCUCUUCUCAUGCAGAUGACUGCCAACAGUCCAGACUCGACUCCCAGCCACCCCUCACAGACGACCCCCGUGCAGAAGAAAGUCCCCAGCAGCGCCUCGUCUCGGCAGAAGGACAAAGUCAACAAGAGGAACGAGCGAGGAGAGACCCCCCUUCACAUGGCGGCGAUCCGAGGAGACGCCAAGCAAGUCAAAGAGCUCAUUAGCCUGGGAGCUGACGUCAACGUCAAAGACUUUGCAGGUUGGACUCCUCUUCACGAAGCCUGUAAUCUCGGUUACUACGACGUGGCGAAGGUUUUAAUCGCAGCAGGUGCAGAGGUGAACACACAAGGUCUGGACGACGACACGCCGCUUCACGACGCUUCCAGCAGCGGGCACACGGACAUUGUGAAACUUCUGCUUCGUCACGGUGGAAAUGCCUUCCAAGCAAACAAGCGUGGCGAGCGGCCGGUGGACGUGGCGGACUCAGCGGAGCUGGAACAGCUUCUUAAAGGCGAGGUGCCGAUGUCGGAUCAAGAUGAAACCUCCUCAGAAUCUGAAGACCCCUCGUCUGUCAAUCCAUCCAGUGUGGACGACAACAUGGAGGACACUGAUACUGAAAAAGACUCAGAUGGCAAAGCGGCCACAAAGACAUCAGGCAUGGACGAGUAUGAAUUUAAGGAUGAGGAAGAGGAGGAGGACCUGAGUAAAGCCCUGAACGACAGACACAUUCCCAGGAGGGAGCUGCGGCAGAGAGAAAAGGAGGACAAAGACAGGAAUCAUGUGGCAGGGAAGCAGAACAAGGCUGACUCUUUGUCAAAGUCCAAAAAGCAGAAAACGCCUCGCGUCCACUGCAGCUCUGACACCUCCAGCGACGAAAUGGAGAGCCUGUCUGAAAAAAGAAACUCGCCCACCUGCUCUCAGAGCUCAGAAAGCCACAAACCCGACGGGAGAUUGAAAAAGGACAACGUCGAUCAAAAAGACAAAAGUAAAGUGAAAAGGAAGUGCAAAAGUCAGAACAAAAACAAGGAAAACCAGGAGGACGGGAAAGAGAACAGCAAAACUCUAGUUCUGUCCGUGUCGGAGAGCACCGAGAAGGGUCGGGAGGAGGACUCCUUCAAGAUGUCUUUCAGUCCGAAAGAUGACUCCUCUGUCCACCUCUUCCAUCUGUCGUCCAUCAAGGCCCCUAAGCUGAACCACAGCUCGGCAGAUAAACAGACUCCGCUCAAACAGGAAAAUACUAAGAUCUCCAUCCUUGACAGCUCUUGUCCCGUGGACAAAUACAACCACUACUCUGAUGGAGAUUACUGCACUGAAAGCUCCAGCACCAAAGGGUGUAAACACAGGGAGAAGAGCAAGCACCAACAAAAAGACUCCGGCGUGGACGGAGACGACGGCCAUUCGAGCCCCUUCAAAGACAGCAGCAUUGGAAACAGCCUGGACAGCGACGGUGCCUUACAGAAGACGGACUUGGACGGCAAAGUAGUGAAGAAGCAUAAACUCAAACACAAGGAGAAAGAUAAACACAGGAGGGAGUACGAGGCCGAGCGGAGCCGCCACAGGCAAAAGGAGGCCAGGAAAGACGGCCACAGGAAUUUGGAAUUUGACAGGGAGUUCUGGAAAGAAAAUUUUUUCAAAAGCGACGAGGCAGAUGAACUUCUGGGAGUGAAAAAGGAAGGUGAAGACGUCAGCUUGCUCCAGAAGGCGGCAGAUUCCUCCCCCGUCAAAGAUGAGAGGAGCUCGAAAGAGAAGCACUCCAGCAGCAAAGAGAAAAGGCCGAGAGAGGAGCGGGAGAAAGAAAGGGCUGUGAAAAAGGAGCGAAAGGAGGCUGCCGGGAAGGAGGAGAAGGUGAGGGACUCGAAGCCGAGCGAGCGUGAUGAGAAGGUGGACUGUCACGGCUCAGGCUGGAUUCCUGAGGAGGCGCUGCAGAACAACAGCGUGAAAGAAGAGACUGAGGAAAAACCCGUAAGUGGGAUCUCUGUUGAUCAGGACCAGCUGGAGCCCUCUGACAAAGGCUCACGUGAGAAAUCUGACAAGAGGCUUCCAGGAAAAGAGAGGGAUUCAGAUAAAAUGGAGAAAAGGCAUCUCGAGAAGGAGAAGAAGAUUAAAUUGGAGCACUCUGACAAAGCUGAGCCACAGAAUUCAGUGGAGCGCUGGAAGGAAAAAGAGAAAAUAGGAACCAUUUCUUCCGUCUCGCCCGGAGAUAAAAGCUUUAGAGAGAAUGAAAGACUCAAAUCUUUAUCCACCGUAAAGAAGCAUGAAGAUGGCAGGAAAAAUAAAGACAGGUUUGACAAGCGGUCUGAUAGGGAAAGGCAGGACAGAGAAUAUGUUGCAGGAGAUCACAGAGACAGAGAUCGUUCAAACGCUGAACGGAGAGGAAAACCUCUGGAGAAGUCCUCAGAUCACAGCAAGCCUGAUCGCUUCAAAGAAAAGGACUGCGACAGGAAAAAGAGAGAGAAGAUUAAAGAUGGAGGUCUUUCUUCAAGCUCCAAUCUGAAAUUACUUUUAGAAGAUAAGAAAAGUUAUCUGUCAGAAAGCACUAAGGUCUUAUCUUUGAAAUCAAGAGAGGAAGUUGCGAGAACGCCAGAGAAGGAUCGUGAUCGGCGAGACCGGGACAGAGACUCUGAUCGGCACAAGGACAAGGAGCGGCACAAAGACCGCUCCCAGCAGGCGAAAACCAACAAGGCCGACGCAGAAAAGACCAAAUCCAAAGCUUCUGCAGGAGCACGAGACGGCAAGCCGAAAGAAAAGCGUCUCGUCAACGAUGACCUAAUGCAGACCAGCUUCGAGCGUAUGCUCAGCAUGAAGGACCAAGAGAUCGAGCUGUGGCAUCGGAAACAUCUGGAGAAGAUCAAACAGAAGGAGCGGGAAAGGCUGAAACAGCGGCCCCUGACAGAUCCAGGGAAGUCCAAGCCUAAAGACAGAACAAAGUCCGAACCGUGUUUGAGCAAGGAACUGAUCCGUUCGAGAAGCUCCGAAGCGCCCGACGUCCAAAGCAGAGAGAGAUCUCUAAAAGACGGCAUGAGCCCCAGAACUGUGUCUCUAGACGGGAGGAGCCUGCCCACCAUCGGGGCAAAGGUCAUGUCGGCCGUGGAAAACUGUCUGAGCAGGUCGCCUCGGCCAGAGAGCGAACGCAGCGGCCUCAUGUCCAGGUCCGUGUCUCUAGUCUCUGUAGCCAGCUCCGAGGAUUCCUGCCAGGCCUCAACACUGACCCCCAGAAACACCGAAUACGACUCUGACAUGAACAUGGAGGCCUCAGACUCCCAGCAAGCCUUCCUCCAGUCUUCCCUCAUCAUCCAAGCUGCCAGGUCGCCAUCUGUCCACGAUAAAGAUUGCAACAGUCUUCCAGAUGUUCUCCAAACUAACCGGACGCUGCUCCCGGGCAAGCACGAAUCUCCGUACCUCAGGGCUAUUCUGAACGAGGACGCCAACUCUUCAGCUGAGGGUAAAGGUGCUGAACAUCUGUCCAAGUCCAGCCUGACCACGACCCCAGGAGAAGAGCUGAAACCGAAGGAGACCCCAGAACCUGACGAGAACCUCAGCAGUCAACAGAAAUCAAACUCAGCUGCUGAUCUAGUGAUCGAGAGGGAGGGAGGCACAGAUACACAACCGUUAAUCUGUGAUCUUCCAGGUGUAAACCUGAAAAUCCCACAGUCUGGUGCCUCUGAGACCGGGUCAGCAGAGCAGAAGUCCCCCCCGGUCUCUGAUCUAGCUGCUGAAAAAGACACUCCGUGUCUGAUGGAGACCUCACCUGGAGAAGAGUCUGAUCAACCUUUAAUGUCUGCAUCGUCUCCAGCAGUCGACCCGUCGGCUCUCACAAACGCGAACAUCGUCCAGCAGAGAGAACCAGUACCACCUGCCGCUGGUACCGAGAACCAGCAGCAGACCCAGUCGGGGGUUUCUGACCAUUCUGACCAUAGUGACAAACCUGUGGAAAACCCCGACAGAGCAGAAGAAGAGGACAUGGAGACUGGUUCAGAAAACCUUAGAACAGAAAGGGCGGGGAGUCCGGUACUGUCCAUCAGUUUGCACAUUCCCGUCUCUGCUGAAGGAGAGACAUCACCCAGUUUAAUUAAAACUGAGUCCAAAGACUCAGAAGAAGACGGGAUCAUAAAUUAUCCAGACUGCAAGAAGUCCUGGCCCCCCAGUGACGAUGCAGUCUUUUGUCCUGGGUCUCAGACAGAGGACAAUGUGUCCUGUGCGAGUCCUGAACACAAGGCUGAGGAGAGGACCGACGUCCCACAGAGCUCAGAGAUCAACAGAACCGAGAGUUCUCCGCUCGAAGGCAGCCUGAGUUCAGAAGGUGUCUCUGAGUACAAAACUGAGCUCCACCCUGAGCCGAUGGAGGCCACGCCAGACGACGAGAAACCCGAGUCCUCGUCCGCAGCCGAAGAGCAGAGUCAAACUAGCAUCCAGCCGGCAGCUCAGACGGACAGCAGCAACACCUCGGGAUGUUCCUCUCCUCAGUCCGGAGACCAGGAGUCCGACUCUUCGGGAGCCAAGCUCAAGCUCCGCCCCUCAGACGAGGAAGCGGACGUCCACGUUCCUCAUCCGCGCAAGAGGAAGAUGCCCAAGCUGCUGAGCUCCCAGCUGAGCGCCACGGCUCAGCAGGAGAAGGAGAGGUGCCAGCAGUCUCUGGCAGCCAUCGUGGACUCCGUGAAGCUGGAGGAGAUCGAGCCCUACCAGACGGAGCGAGCCAACCCGUACUACGAGUUCCUGCACAUACGCAAGAAGAUCGAGGAGAAGCGCAAAGUGCUGUGCAACGUCACGCCCCAACCGCCACAGUAUUACGACGAAUACGUGACCUUUAAUGGAUCCUACCUCCUGGACGGGAACCCCCUCAGCAAACUCUGCAUACCAACGAUAACUCCGCCUCCGUCGUUACCGGAGCCGCUGAAGGAAAUGUUCAAACAACAAGAGGUCGUCCGGAUGAAACUCCGGCUGCAGCACAGCAUCGAGAGGGAGAAGCUGAUCGUUUCAAACGAGCAGGAGGUCCUGCGAGUUCACUACCGGGCAGCGAGGACCUUGGCCAAUCAGACGCUGCCGUUCAGCGCCUGCACCGUCCUGCUGGACGCAGAGGUGUACAACAUGCCUCAGGACGUCCAGAACGACGACGGUAAAACAUCCGUAAGAGAUCGAUUCAACGCCCGGCAGUUCAUGUCCUGGUUACAGGACGUCGACGACAAGUUUGACAAACUAAAGACAUGUCUCCUGAUGAGGCAGCAGCACGAGGCGGCGGCUCUGAACGCCGUGCAGCGUCUGGAGUGGCAGCUCAAACUGCAGGAGCUGGACCCGGCCACCUACAAGUCCACCAGCAUCUUCGAGAUCCCCGAGUUCUACAUCCCGCUGGUGGAGGUCAACGACGACUUCGACCUCACGCCGAUAUGAGCCGAAGGAUGGGGAGGAUAAAACGAAGCACUUAGACUGCAGCGCCGGCACGAAGGAGCACUUAAAUACGAGACCGUCGUACACCGGAGCUCCUCCAGGAGGAGGACUGAGCAGGAAAACGGCGUCCAAGAACCGGAUGAGUCCAAGAACCGGAUGAGUCCGUGCGGGUCGGAGCCGCCGCUCCUCACGCAGGGUCACACAGCUGACAGGUUUCAAACGUUUUCAGAGUGUUCAUACGUUGUGUACAGGCCGUGCUCUUAAUUUUUUAACUUAUUUUAUACAUUAAAAAUGUGCAUUUUGUAAAUAGUUCUGUAAUUAUUUUAAACCUGUAAAAAACAAAAAUAGAUAUUUUGAUUGUAAACUUGUCGUCUGUUUAAAUGGACCAAAGUUGUUGUUUUUUAUAUCGCGUGUCCUCUUCGUUCGUGGCGUUCUCGUUGUUGUUUAUUUUUUUCUUUGGCCGACUCCUCCUCCCUCGCCCGGAGCUUCGCGCCGCAGCCGGAGGGUUUGACUUCGGCCGUUUAACGCUCUGCAUGUUCGUACUUCCUCCCCUUCAAGGCUGUAAAUGUGGAACUUAAU